AUGUCUGUUGCUUCAGAGCCUUCUUUGGCAGUGGGUCCAACCACAGCUCAAGUGGCUCCUGCGCCUCCUGUGCCAGUGUUCUCCGUUUGGGACUCCACGGCUGGUGAGACCGCCGAUGUGUUACUCCACUGGCAUCGCAGCCUACCGGAGAUGCCUGAGGAUGACGAGCCUUUGUGCAUCUUGCAACUCCACAUGGGCCAAAACGGCCAAGGCGGCCAGGGCCAGGAGUUGGACUUCUUGGAAGCGCGGCUGCAGAAGCAUCACCUGCAGCCCCCUCUGGCGGCCUGGAGCACCACUCAGCUGCAGAGGCUCAUGGCCGUAAUGGCAGAGCAGCGUCGCGGCGCUCCUCCCAACCACGACGAGGUGCGGCUGCGCCGUGCGCCAGGUCGCCUGGUCAUCGACGUCCACUUCAGGAGUCAGGUCUACGGAGGAACUGGGAUCUCCUUGAGCGGCUGCGUCGUCGAGAUCCUCAACGCCUACUCGUCCGGCAGAUCUGCCCGCAGCGACACUCUCGAGGUGCUCAGGGCCGUCGCGGCGGCGCAGGCGCUGCACACGAAAGCGAUCGCUGAGAGCCGGGUUUCCAUGGAGGGCCUCCAAAGCGAGAUGGACCGCCUGGAAGGGGACUGGACCAAGGCCUGUGCAGGUGCGAAGAAGCGGCACCGUGGUCUUCUGCAGCGCUUUGCGCUCGUCUUGCAGGCCAAGAUUGACAAGGAGCGGGCACUGCACGAAGAACUCCAGGUGCGCCGAUGGAACCAGCAGGGCGCUGCUGCCGGACUCUUGAUUCGCUUGAACACGGCGGUGGUACGGUUUGCUGUGGUGCUGCAGCUGCAGCUCCCAAACCAGCAGCUGUGGAGGAGCCGAUGGAGGUCCGAGGGCGUGGUCGCAGAGGUCGUGGUGGAGGCCUACACAGGCUUAGGAGACAAGCGCCCCUGGGACGAGGCCUGCAAAAGUGAGUUGGGGACUGCCAGCUGUUGCCACAUCAUGGAACGAUUCAGAUGUGGCCUGCGGGGUGUGGAUGAUGCACCCGCAGCGCCGGGCAGCCCGGCCGGCCGUGCUGCGGGUACGCUACCCGCUGGAACUGUCACGCAGGGCCUCAUGAUGCCGCCUCCCACAGUGACAUCUGGCAUGCCUCCAACGAUGAGCCUGUUCGACCCGCCUUCAGAUGAGGAGCCUGUCCCAGCGAGGGACCUUACCGUGGCUGCCCCGGCCGCAGCUCCGCCAAAGCCCGAGGAGCCUGCCUUGCCCAAGGGGCCUCCACGCCCCGCGGGCGUGAGCACGACCGAUGAUCUGUUCUUCAGCGACGGGGAGUGA